GUGGUCACGUGAUAGCCCGCCCUCUCUUUUCAAACGCCAUGUUUACUGCGCACCUCCGUCGCGACCAAUUGGCAGCAACACUAACGUACAGGUGCAACUGAGAUCAUGAGUGAAAAAAUGGAAGCUGUCGACAUAGAAGAUGUUCCUUUGGACGAAAAUUCAAUAAAAGACAAGGAGAAGAAAAAGAAGAAGAGGAGUCCAUCUGAUGAUACAGAGCAGGAUGAAUCAGAAAGCCCUAAACCUAAAAGCAGGUCUAAACCCAAAUUGUUCGAGCCCGAAAUUCUUGAAGGAAAACGGGAGAAAAAAAUCAUCCAGAGACUUGAUUUGAUGAGUAAACCGAAGGAAAAGCCAAAGAUUGAGAGCACAGGAAGUGGCGCCAAACUGGGAGACAUUGCACGGAUUAAUCACUCCAUCGGAAAGCUUAAAGCGCCUCUGCUCAAACCUCUACAUAAAAUUGUAUAUGAUCGCCCUGGAGCUGCGUCAACACUGCGUAAAAAUCUUCGGCUGUUUAAUGGAUUUCCUUUUGGGGAGAACAGUGACCUUUACAGCAAAAAAAUGGAGAAGGUGAAAAGGCUUCACAAGGAACAACUCAGAAUCAUUUGUCAGACUCUUGAUCUGGAGAGGUCUGGAACGCAAAUUAUUCUUUCAGAGAGGAUCAUGAAAUUUCUUACAUGUCCAACCAACUCAGGAAAGCCUGUCCUAAAGAAGAAAAAGAAGAUGACCAAAGAUGCCAAAAGAGAAAAGUCUUCAUCCAAAAGUAAAAAGACCCAGAAAAAUGUAGAAAGCGGGAAGUCCAAACCCAUUGUCACUGAUUCAAGUAGUGAUGAUGAUGACGAAGAUGAUGAAGAGGGCAAAGAGAACAGUAAGGACACUUUGAAGUCUGCAACAGCAAAUCAAGAACAUAAAGACAGUGAAGAUAAAUUUUCUGAUAAAGAGGAAGAUGAUGAUGAUGAUGAUGCUCCUGAAGAGGAGAGCAAGGAGGAAGAAAAAUCUCCUCCUCAGAAGAAAUCUUCAACCACAAAGUCUACAAAGAAAUCAGAAAAGUCAGAACAGACUGCAUCAGAUGAAAGUGACCAAGACGUUCAUGAAAAUAAGAAUGCAAAAAAGACAAAAAAGAAACCUGCAACAAAGAGGAAAGCUCCAGCAAAGCCUGUCCCAAAAACCAAGAAAGCUGACAGCAGCAGCAACCGAGGGAAAAAGAAAGCAAGCAAGAGCAAGGAUGAAAGUGAAAGCUCUGAUGAUGAUCAGCCAUUGAUCAAGAUGGUUAAAAAACCACCUACUGAAGAACAGUUAAAGGAGGCAAUCAAGGAUCUCUUGAAAGAUGCCAACUUGGAGGAAGUUACGAUGAAGCAGAUUACCCGAAAAGUUUAUGACAAGUAUCCUCACUUUGAUCUGAGCAGCAGAAAGGAAUUCAUCCGGGAGACAGUUAAAGGUUUGAUAUCCUGAAGUGAAGAAAAUGCCUUAUUUAAAAGGACAGUGAGGAUGAAGAUUUUUAUAACACUGUUCAUUAUUGUGUAGUUCUUAUUUUUAUUUUAUAUAAGGUUUCUCAACUAUUUAGCAAAUUCUGCUUUUUUGUAUUUUAAAAAAAGUAUUUUCUAAAGUUAAAUUGUUUUUUAAUUUGACAGUGAAUGAUUUGGAUUGGUUGUUGAAAAAUGCCACAUUUAGAAAUUAAUUGUUUGGUUUGUUAUUGUAUUUCAUCAUAAUAUAAUAAUAAUAUUUUGGCAGUGUCAGCUUCCAUUUCAGUGUUGUGCUUAAAGAAAUUUGGGAUAUUAAUUCUAAUUUGAAAAGAGCAAAAAAACAUUGUUUUUUUAUCUUUGUUUUGCUCUCAUUUCUAGAUGAUUUUUUGUAAAUAUACUUUAUAUGUGCAUUUUUCUUUCUUCUGUUUUAAUGCAAGUCAUAAGGAACAAUUGUAUCUCUUAAUUUGAGAUGUUACUCAUACCUGCAGGUCAGUGUAAGAUCAGGUUCUCUGAUAAGUCCUGGGUUGACUUCUGUUGUUUACACUGACCUCAGUAACCAAUAUAUCAGUUAUCAUCAGACAUAUGGCUCUGUUAUAAUGUGUCACAAAAACAAAACAGAAACAAAGAGGUGUGUUUAUUUUGAAAUAAAUUGAUUUUUCAUAGAAAAUAA